AUGAAUCCCGAAUACGACUACCUCUUCAAGCUGCUGCUCAUCGGAGACUCCGGUGUCGGCAAGUCUUGCUUGCUCCUGCGUUUCGCCGACGAUACUUACACGGAAUCUUACAUCUCCACCAUCGGCGUGGACUUCAAAAUCCGGACGAUCGAGCUGGACGGCAAGACGGUAAAACUGCAGAUUUGGGACACUGCUGGCCAAGAACGGUUCCGCACUAUCACAUCAUCCUACUACCGGGGCGCCCACGGCAUCUGCGUUGUGUACGAUGUCACCGAUAUGGACAGCUUCAACAACGUCAAGCAGUGGCUGCAGGAGAUCGAUAGGUAUGCCACAGAGGGCGUGAACAAGCUGCUUGUAGGAAAUAAAAGCGACAUGGCGGACAAGAAGGUGGUUGAGUACACGGUGGCCAAGGAAUUUGCCGACAGCCUCGGGAUUCCAUUCCUCGAGACAUCGGCCAAGAACGCCAGCAACGUUGAGCAGGCAUUCUUGACAAUGGCCCGUCAGAUCAAGGAACGCAUGGGCAGCAGCAUUGCCACAAACAACACCAAGGCCAACGUGAACGUUUCUCCCGGCCACGGCGUCUCGAACAACCAGUCUGGCGGCUGCUGCUAA